ACUGCCCAUUGCUUGUGUUUUGGCGUGUUCUCUUAUCUAUGGCUGCGUCAGGGACCCGAAGCAAAGAAUCAGAUCAACAGAAUGCUGGCGCCAGUUUUUCCUUCGAAACGUUUUUUAUAUUUAUAUUGAAAAACUUGAUUUCCUUGUUUUCUUUGUCGUCACAGUAACCGGCGAACUGAUAUUAGAUUAUCAGAAGCUUUGGUCGAGUGUUUUCUCCGUUCAAAUUUGACAAACCGAAAAUGCUAGGAGGUGGAGAAGAGGCCCCUUCCAGGCAUAAGUUGUUGAGUAUGGUGAAGAAGCACUCCACCUUGCUGGGGAAAGGUUCCGCUUCAGAUGUUGAAAUGGAUGGCCCAUUUUGGUAUGAUAUGUUGGAUUUGUACUUUGUUCGUGGUAAGGAGUCAAGAGGACGGCAGGAUGAUGAUCUCGUAUUUUUCAUCAGAAAAAAGGGCACAGAAGGAUAUGGUUUCAAUGAUAAUGUCCAGGGGAUCCCUCCUUACUUUGUACGCAGGUGGGCACCUAAGUUGGAUAAUUUGGUCAGUGAAAAUUCAAAGGAGGUAGAUUGGAGGCGUUCAUUUUACUUGAAUCUAAUUGCACACACUUCAUUCACAGUAACAGUAGCAAUUUGCAGUAAUCACAUCCUUUGCAAUCAUCAAGCUGGGCGAGAUACACCAUUAUCUCCCAUAUACAAGGUUGUAAAGACUGUUUAUGCAUCGCCAAGUCGUGUAGAUUUUCAUUUGGACUCAAAAAAGGAAGUAGAGACAACUCCAGCCUAUCCAGACAUCUGUUUUGCAGUUGAUGAUUUUGACUCUACUUUUGAUGCAGUGGUCUUGACAGAAACAGAUCAUUGCUACUGUGUACUUCUCAAUGCACAUGAUGGUGCAGCAUUUCCUAGUGAAAAAGAGUCGCGUGAUAAAACUUCCAGUACUAAUUCUGGGAAGACAAAGAAUUCUAAGCUUACUCUUUUCUCUGGGUUUGUAAGCUACCAGAUGGUUCGAGAAGCAUAUGAUGCUGGAAAGUCCCGGUUUGGAAGUUUCCUUUCACGCGGUCAUUCCCCUGGAAAAACAGAUAAACUGUACAUGAAGGGUCCAGGUGGACGAGGGGAGGUUGAAGUUGCUGUUUGUGUUUGCGAUCAGAGCCAGCAGGAUUUUGGUCCUUUUUCACCAGUUACAUCAAAGAAAGGAUUUGGAAUUGGCUCAAUUGUUCGAAAAGCUGCUUCUGUUGCAUCUGUGGCGGCAAAGCAUGCGUAUGCAGCUGCUGCUGCCUCCACAAGUUCUGAUGAGGAGGUGUUACCCCUUAAAUGCUGCUUGAUGUCUGUAUCCUUGCCCUGGGAACAUAUUGCUCAUGAUCUUUUGUUUAAGGGAAGUCCUCCAGUGAACUUGUAAACAUCUUGUUAUAUCUAUCAUCUAAAUAUUCAAAACUGACGGGCUUGCCCGCAAGCGCAAAGCGGGGAAGGAAACAAUCAGUGAAAGUGAUAAAAGUUGCCAGCCUAAUAGAAUUCUACCUGUAAACAAAGGUGUACAUUAAAGUUCUUCUUUCUCUCUGCAUUUGUUGGUCUCGCUUUGUCUUACUGGGCUCUGUCAGAAAUAUUGUAUGUGAUGGAUAACAAAGCAAGUAAAUGUUAGUGUUAGUUCAUUGGU